CGGGCGCACUGCCUGAGCGGGCGCGCAGGCGGCUUCCGGUGUGGGUGACGAGUGGUGGCCGAAGAAGGGGGACAUCGAGGAACGCUCAGGCUGGGACCAUGGCGGACGGCGGCUCGGAGCGGGCUGAUGGGCGCAUCGUCAAGAUGGAGGUGGACUACAGCGCCACGGUGGACCAGCGCCUGCCCGAGUGCGAGAAGCUGGCCAAGGAAGGAAGACUUCAAGAAGUCAUUGAAACCCUUCUCUCUUUGGAAAAACAGACCCGUACUGCUUCUGAUAUGGUGUCUACAUCCCGUAUCUUAGUUGCAGUAGUGAAGAUGUGUUAUGAGGCUAAAGAAUGGGAUUUACUUAAUGAAAACAUUAUGCUUUUGUCGAAAAGACGGAGUCAGUUAAAACAAGCUGUUGCAAAAAUGGUUCAGCAAUGCUGUACUUACGUUGAGGAAAUCACAGACCUUCCGAUUAAACUUCGAUUAAUUGAUACUUUACGAAUGGUUACAGAAGGAAAGAUCUAUGUUGAAAUUGAACGUGCUCGACUAACUAAAACAUUAGCAGCUAUCAAAGAACAAAGUGGUGACGUCAAAGAGGCAGCCUCCAUUUUACAAGAGUUACAGGUGGAAACCUAUGGGUCAAUGGAAAAGAAAGAGCGAGUGGAGUUUAUUUUGGAGCAAAUGAGGCUCUGCCUAGCUGUAAAGGACUACAUUCGUACACAGAUCAUCAGCAAGAAAAUUAAUACCAAAUUUUUCCAGGAAGAAAAUACAGAGAAAUUAAAGUUAAAAUAUUAUAACUUAAUGAUUCAGCUGGAUCAACAUGAGGGCUCCUAUUUGUCUAUUUGUAAGCACUACAGAGCAAUAUAUGAUACUCCCUGUAUACAGGCAGAAAGUGAAAAGUGGCAACAGGCUCUGAAAAGUGUUGUCCUCUAUGUUAUAUUGGCUCCUUUUGAUAAUGAACAGUCAGAUUUGGUUCACCGAAUAAGUGCUGACAAGAAGUUAGAAGAAAUUCCUAAAUAUAAGGAUCUAUUAAAGCUUUUUACUACAAUGGAGUUGAUGCGUUGGGCUACCCUUGUCGAAGACUAUGGAGUGGAAUUAAGAAAAGGUUCUCUGGAAAGUCCUGCAACUGAUGUUUUUGGUUAUACAGAAGAAGGCGAUAAAAGGUGGAAAGACUUGAAGAAUAGAGUUGUUGAACAUAAUAUUAGAAUAAUGGCCAAGUAUUAUACGAGGAUAACAAUGAAGAGGAUGGCACAACUUUUGGAUCUAUCUGUUGAUGAGUCAGAGGCAUUUCUCUCAAAUCUCGUAGUAAAUAAGACCAUCUUUGCUAAAGUAGACAGGUUGGCAGGAAUUAUCAACUUCCAGAGACCCAAGGAUCCAAAUAAUUUAUUAAAUGACUGGUCUCAGAAAUUGAACUCAUUGAUGUCUCUAGUUAACAAAACUACACACCUCAUAGCCAAAGAGGAAAUGAUACAUAAUCUACAAUAAGGGUCUCAAUGCCCUACUGCUUUUAGAAAAGAGUUAACGUUGGAAGUCAUUAAAAAAAAAAAGAAAAGACUUAUGGUGUAUAUGUUGGGUUCUUUUUUCCUAUUCUCAACUCUUUGUCUAAAAUUUAAAAUAUAGUGAAUAUGUUUGAGGCCCCUUUUUAACCUUUCAGCUCCCUAAUUUCAUUGUUAACUUUUCAUUUGCAAUUGGUACCGAAAUAGAAUACAUUUCUAUUAUCUGAGUGCUCAAAACAUGGUGUCAUAACUUGCCCAGAUGUUUUUUUCUAUCAUUUGAAACCUUUUUAGCUAUUAUUUGUUUUUAUUCUGCUAACAACCAUAAUGAUAAUAAAAGCAGUAUAUGCACAUUUUUAUUUCCUAUGGUUACAUGUGUUUCUGAACAUUUUACGGGGUAGUGAUUUAAGUGUGUUUUUU